AUGGAAGAAGCCAAAAAUCCAAGUUUGGAAGAAGACUUUGAAGGACAGGCGACACAUACAGGACCCAAAGGAGUAAUACACGAUUGGAGAAAGUUUAAAUUAGAGAGUGAAGAUAACGGCUCAGUCCCACCGAGCAAGAAGGAGAUUCUCAGACAAAUGUCUUCUCCUCAGAGUAGGGAUGACAAAGACUCAAAAGAAAGAUUCAGCAGAAAGAUGAGCAUCCAAGAAUAUGAACUAAUUCACCAAGACAAAGAAGAUGAAACUUGCCUUCGCAAAUACCGUAGACAGUGUAUGCAGGAUAUGCACCAGAAACUGAGCUUUGGGCCUAGAUAUGGGUUUGUGUAUGAGCUGGAAACUGGGGAGCAAUUCCUGGAGACCAUUAAAAAGGAGAAGAAAAUCACCACAAUCAUGGUUCACAUUUAUGAAGAGGGCGUUAAGGGCUGUGAUGCUCUAAACAGGAGCCUGACAUGCCUGGCAGCCGAAUACCCGAUAGUCAGGUUUUGUAAGAUAAAAGCUUCUAAUACAGGUGCCGGGGACCGCUUUUCCCCUGAUGUGCUCCCCACACUGCUCGUUUACAAGGGUGGGGAACUCAUAAGCAAUUUUAUUAGUGUUGCUGACCAGUUUGCUGAAGAAUUUUUUGCUGGGGAUGUGGAGUCUUUCCUAAAUGAAUAUGGAUUACUACCUGAAAAAGAGAUAUAUGCCCUAGAGCAGACAAACAUGGAAGAAGAUAUUGAGUAA